CAAGGCAAAGGUGCCCCUGGAAAGAGCAAAGGCAAAGGAAAAGAGGCGAAGGGAAAAAGCGAAGACCUGAGAGUCUCGACUGAAAUGGCUGAAGACUUGUCUUUUUGGGGACUUGGUUCUGAUCUUCCCGAGUUCGGGGUCAAUCCCCUAACCUGGUGAAGAGCUUUGCUGUCGGUUCCUGGGCAGCAAAUCCAAGAGGCUUUGGAGUCACAGGAGCGAGAGUGAGACGAGGGUGAAGUUUUCGUCGCUGCUUCGGAAGAGGUGAAGAUGCUCGGCAAGAGGUAUGCAGAGCCUCCCAUGUAGCAGUGAAAGUCUUUUUCAUUCAGCAAGGAGGCAUCAACGCCGCUCUCAGCAGCAUCGUUAGAGAGAACAGGGCAUAGACCGCUCAAGAAAGAGGGCCCUCACCAAAACGAUUAUUCUCCUUCAGCUAAAGGCGAUUCAUCCUCACACUUCCUCGAACGAACGCACGCACGAACGCACGAGGACUAGCAGCUAGUGCGACCAACAGUUGUCCUCUUGCAGGGCCACCUUGCGCCCUAUUUGUUGGAGGGUUGUGCAACAAGCUGUUGAUGUAGAAGUAUUUGCUUGUGAGCUUGGGUGGGCUCAACUCCGAAGACUAAUUGUGCCUUAGCAGGAGUCCAUUUCUGUGCGACAUUGAAGAUCUGGACAAUUUCUUGCCCGGCAUAUGCUGGAUGUGAAUGUUCUAGCCACUGUGACAAACUCGGCAUUGUGAGUGCAUAUCCAACUGCCUGGUUGGCCCAAAAGAUCAUCAUCCACAGGCCACCCGCAGGUGCCGCUACAUGCUGUUCAGCCGUUUUUUUCAGGUGCUUUGUGCAUGUCGGUGCACUGCCACACGGCCGGCAACAAUCCCCAAAAGGUAUGGACCUGGAUGUCCAUCAAGAAAAUGCGGGUCACGUACUGUUGCACAAUCGAAUCUCUCAAGGCUUCUAUGGAAUUGCGGUUUGGAAUUGGACUGUUCCAGAAGUUUCCACGCGAUUGGGUGACAACGCUCUUACUGGCACUAAGUCACUAAGUGGUUGGCCGACUGGAUGGGCCCGUCCAAGAAUUGACGAUCUCCACAAGAAUUUGUGGGAAAGGAGUUCCACUGAACCGAACAAGCAUUAUUACUACCAAUUUCGAUUAUUUGGAUUACCCAAAAUGCUAGCCGACCUGUUCUGUGUUUGUGUGUCUUUUUGUUCUACUUUCGAGGACUGCAUUCUCAUGGCGCAGGAGAUGGUAUUUUGGGGGGGAGAUCUACUCGAAGUCCCCCGGACCUCCGCUGCCCACCUCCCAACCCGCACCUCGUAACCCACCCAGGGAAGGAAGCCGCUCCGGCGCCCUUUGGCCGGCGCAUGCAUUGGGUGCACCCGCGCUACAGCGCCCCGGAACAUGCGACGGUCUUUGACGCCGAAAAGGCCCCGGUGGACUUCGACGCACUGCAAAGCCUCCUGAGCGGUGGCCUGGCCACUUCCGUCCGGAAGCGCGGCCCUGUCCGGAAGACCGAAGGGAUCAAGGUCUUAGACGCUUCGCGAGCACAGAACAUGGCCAUCGUUUUAAGCAAGCUGCCCGUGAGUUCCUACGAGCUUUGUGAUGCCUUGAUCCACUUGGACUUCUCUUUGGCCAUCUCCGAGGACCUCGUGGAGCUGCUCUUUGGUGUGCUGCCCACGCCGGAGGAGUGCGAGAAGCUGCGACCGCACGCCUCCUCACCCGAUGCCCUGCGCGACAUCGAGCAGAAGGUUCUUCCCUUUUGCUCCCUCCCACGUGCCCACGCGCGUUUGCGCUUGCUACGCUUGAGCUCCUCCCACUGCUCGGCCUGCGCAGCCCUACAGCUGCGCUGCGAGACCCUGCGGAGUGCUGCGGCGGAGGCCAUUGGCAGUCACGAGCUGCGGCAGGUCCUGGCCGUGAUUUUGCUGAUUGGGAACUACAUCAACCAUGGCACGAAGGGCAGCACAGACGGUGGUGCCCAGGGGUUCGCGAUUGAGACAUUGCCGGCCAUCAGCAAUUUCAAGCUGGGGAACGUCUCCACGCUCCACUUCCUUUGUUUGACUCUCAGGCGUUCCAGCGAUAGUUUCUGCGAAGAUCUAAUGCAGAGCCUGCCUCACGUGACCGCAGCGGGGCGGGAGAAGAGUUGCGCGCUGAAGCAAAGCGUCCAGCAGUUCAAGCAGGAGUUAGACUUCGCCCAGCGGGAGUUGCAGCAUUUUCACGAAGCCGUUGACGAAGAAAACAACACAGGUCACACGGCCGGUGUGGACGUGGGACCUUUGCAAGCUUUGGUCGCGGAGCUCCACUUGGAGUCUGAAGCUUUACAAAAGCAGCUCGCCUCAGCCUUCGAGCACUGCGGAGAGCUGCAGCGCUACUUCUGCACUGAGGAGCCCACGUCUGGUGGUGUCCCCGCGUUCGAGAACUUCUUCCAAUGUUUGCAAGAUUUCCUUGACACCUUUCGCAAGGCCUGGCGUGAGACUGCGCCCGUGCCUGACCGGGCCUUGCGCGCAAGGCUGCGCAGCAGCGGGGCGCUGCGCAGCGGCGCCGCACAGCGCCGUGCGAGUACGGCGCGGGUGAAGGCGAAGGCUGCCAUCCGCCGAAGCCAGACAGAGCCACAAGCGUCUUCUCCGCAUGGACAAGGGCGUUCAGCUAGCCAUGGUGGCAGUGUUUUGGGAUGUUUGGGGAAUCAUUCUUGAACGUCCGACGGCGCAGUACCAGGGUUCGGACGGGAUAGGAGGUGCCGUAGGUACUUGGACCCGAAUGGACGUCGUGUUUGAAUGGUUGUACUGUUUUUCAGGUACAACCUGCUUGACUACCCCUUGCGUACUGCGCGCGCGGAUGCGCUUGGAUCACAAACCCGAACGUCUAUAACUAGCACCUGGAACCCGAAUCAACAAAACGGCAUGGUAAUGAAAUUACGGUACAGCACAUACAUAUCAUACGCAUGCUGCAUGCUCCAUAUACAUCAAAAAUUGUUUGGUUGGGGAACUGGAAAACCACCGCGCAAGACUCUUUGUAUUUGCAUGUUUGCCUCUCGGUGCCCAUCCGACGAGGGCUCAGGAGCCUCUUUGCUGGUUGGGAAUGGUUGUAGGGUCUUUGGUCUUCCAUGGUCUUCCAUUCUACAUUAUUCCAAGGUGUGUUUCCCGUCCCAGGGGGCUGCAGCAGCGGCAGUGGAAGAAUCUUCAAAUCCAGCGGAGCGUUCAGCUUCCUCGGCUUCGGGCCUGUUUGAGGAUCUGGGGAGGGAACAGUAUAGAGGUGGUACAUCAGCCAAUGAUGCGGCAAUGCAUACAAUGCCGCAAAAGGAAUUCCCAUGCCUUCAUUCUAGAUUGGAAGGUCUGAUAUGUCACCCGGAUUGUGACCUGAAAAUGCAGUUUGAGUCUUCUUUGUUCCGCGUGGCUGUUGUUGCAAAGUGGGGACAGCGGAGACCAGAUGCAGUGCCACGGUGCCGCAUGAGCAACAAAGAGCGCCAGAGCGCCAGACCUGCCAUCGAUCAUUGCGUGAUUUUAUGCUUUCAACCCAACAGCCCAUGAAAUCCCCUGCCAACUCAGACCCAAGAGCAGAGGCCCAGAUGAGACGUUUCCGAGUGUGGUUGUCAUUGGAUCUAGAAGCUUCAUGCCGGUGAGUUAUAUACCCACAAGUCGAAUCAAAUAGAUCCGUAGAUUCAGGAUUACAUUACACAUCAUUGCGCAAAUACCCAUUCUACCAUACAAGUCUCCAUCUCCCCCAUCCCAGCCAGUCCUCGAUUUGGCUCCAGCUGUCCCACAAAAGCAGAAGCACC